AUGGAUGGUCAAAUGGAUCUCAAAAAGCAUUACAACCUCGAUGAAACGGAGAAACCAAUCUCAAUAGCCUCAUCCUCUGAGCCCUUCUCGAUUGAAGAUAUCCGGAGAUGCGCCACGUGUCGUGGCUCUUUGAGAAGUCUUUCUCGCUAUGGAAGGCUAGUAAGGCGUGCAAUGCUAGAUGAAGCGACAAAGAAAUUCAUCCUGUAUGCGAACCAGGGAUAUGUGCCCCUCGCACAGGAGUUGCCUGACCUCUUGUCUAAGUUGCAAGAUGACACACGCACCACGGCAGGCGCUAGUCUAGCAUUCCAAGGUGAUGGCGAAAUUAGAAUUGAGGGUACGCCCGCACACCAAGUAUCAGCGAUGAGGAGUCUCAUACAAAAAGCAUCUAAGCCACGUUGGCGUGCUUUAUUAGCCCUUCGUCGCAAGAUAAGCGAGUAUCAAGCUAAGGUCAAGGUGGAGGAGCAGCCAUUUAACCAGGUUUGCAACAUGGUUGAGAAUGCUCGUCGGCGCAAGAAGACCUCUGGUCAAUUCAGCUUUGAUGAGAGCGUGCUUCAGACUAAGGGACAGAUCCAAGCUACCGCACUCUUACUUCGCCUUGAUACAGCUUUACUGAGUGACUUUUUCUCACUGAUGAGACUCACUCCGAUUGGUUCAAACCAGAAAGAAUUUUUCAUCAACCUGGAGAUGAACAGAGCAGAAAGCGGGCGUCUUAUCAAUGAGGCGUCUUUUUCACAGCGCAUCCCACAAAGAACUGAAGGGAACAUCUUCCUGGCUCAGCUGUAUGCACUAGAACUACAUCAUGUAAAGGAGCCCUCACUCGCUGAAUCACUGAGAGAGAGUGGCAAUGCAGCUAUUGAAGAAGCUCAGAGGCUUUGCGAUGAGCAUCCUACACAGACACGCGGACUAUCUGAGGAGAUUGAGGGCACGAGAUCGAUGCUCAGGGGCUCGGUGUUCUACACACCAGUGAGUAAUGAGGAACGAAUGGCUGUUUUGGCUGCAAUGGCGAAAGAGUUCAGAAGUACCGGUCAUUGGUAUUACUGUGAGAACGGCCAUCCUUUCACCAUUGGGGAGUGUGGAGGAGCUAUGGAGUUAUCAAGGUGUCCUGAGUGUGGAUCAGCGGUUGGUGGCCGAAACCAUUCGACUACCGCUGGUGUGAGUCAUGCUCAUGACUUGGAACAGACAUUGAGAGAUAUGCACAUUUGA